AUGUCGAAUAACUUGAUUGAUUCGCCGGAAGUGCAGAGGAAGAGUUGUGAAAAACGAUGUGCUGAUUAUGAAAACUCUAUAUUAUCGCUAACUCGCGAAAAAGUGAGAAAACAACAACUCGAAAUGGAUCGAAUCAAUGAUGUACUUGAACAUUACGAUUUUCAGUUUUCUAUUAAUGAACCGGCUUCAUUACAUGAAUUAAAAGAGGCGGUUGAUGAUUAUACUAAAUUAGUGAAUAAUUUUCUCGAUUUACAACAUGGAAUUGAGGAAAAUUGGUGCAAUCAAAAUUCUUCAAAAUCCUCUUUGAUCAUUGAAACACACCCGCAAAAUCCUGAUUCCAAUUCACUUCAACAACCGACAUCCACUGCUUGUGCUUCUGGCGAUAAACGACAAUUUGAAAUUGACGAUCAAGGCGUACCGGAUGACCCCGACCGAACGAUUCAUCCAGAUGAGCUUAAUAAUUUUGAUGGAACUGCACAGCAAUUUCUACCUUCGACUGCAAAUAGAAUUUGUAGAUCUGUUGAAGAAUUAAAAACUAUAUGGGAAAAAGAUGCAGAAGAAAAUUUAGAGUCGAUUCGUGAAAGAGUGAGUUUAGUAAAAAGAAGUAGCAGUGACAAUCGUAUUGAGAGGACAACAAUUCGUGAAACGGAUAUAACUUCAACAUUGCUUCCCCCUCCAUUUCUUGUUCAACAAGCGGCAGUUUCGCAUUCCAUUUAUGCCGCCAAACAAAAUGUGCUUGCAACAGUGAAACAUUCCCUUCCUGGGUUUCAUUCGAUUGCUGUUUCCUUACUUACGCAGAAUUCGGGUGAUAUUAUUGAGCGAUUUAUUGAUGCGCUUAAGCGAUACGAUCAAAUGGUACGAUCUCAUAUAGCGCAAUUGCUGAGGCAAUAUGAUAAACUAUCUAAUACAUCGGAGAAAGAACAUAUGAUUUAUGAGAUAAAUUGUCAGGACAGAAUAAGCCGUUUGGCGGAAUCCAAAUAUCUGGAGCUUUCUAACUUAUCCACUCAUGGUUUUUCUUCUAUAUCGAAGUGUUCGGUUAUGGAAAAGCUACGUAUUAUACAGAGAGUAUUCUCUCGAACUCUGCUUGGUUAUCUUUGA